AUGGUAAUAUCCUUCAAGGUCACGAAGUGGUGUCAUCUGGACCCCACGCGCACCAAACCUUCGGCACAUAAUCUGGCAUUCGAGAGUUGCGGUAUCGCCGUUGUACGUGCAAUCUUUGAAAGUAUCAUCACUGACGUCCGCAUCAUCGCCGAAGCUGAUUUGGCUGCUGCAGCUGAUGCGCUCGACGCGCUUGCUUCCGAUGCUGAAACACUAGCCCUAGAUGCAGAUGCGGCGGACGAAUCAGACGAGGUAAAGGAGCCAGCUUUGCUUGGGCUCCGUGUCGAUGCAGGACCCGAUGUGGUUGUGGAACCUCUGGAAGUCGGAGAUGAGCUUCGUGUCGUUGUAGGACCUGAUACUGGGGUAGGCGGAAUUGUAGAAGGAACCGAAGAUGUCAAGGGCAUAGAACCACUAGAACCAGGGGCUGCGGUUCCAGAGUAG